AUGGCGCCCAAGAAAGCCGCUCAGGUGCCCCCCGCCGCCGCCGUCGCCCCCGCAGGCCCGACCGUCGCCGCCAUCCCCGGCACCAUGACCUCCCAGCCCAAGCUUGCCUCCUCCAAGGCCGCCAGCGCCAGCGGCAACGCCGACUGGACCCAGGCCGUCAACCAGCUUCUCGACCACUACCAGAAGAAGACGCCGCAGCGCACCAAGCUGAUUGACGUCUUCCUCGCCUUCCUCGUCGCGCUCGGCGGCGUGCAGUUUGUCUACUGCGUGCUCGGCGGCGGAUUCCCUUUCAAUGCCUUCCUUUCCGGUUUCUGUGCUACCGUUGGACAAUUCGUCCUCACUGUUUCCCUGCGCAUGCAGACGACCGAGGCCAACAAGGCCGACUUUCCUUCCGUGUCCCCAGAGAGAUCCUUUGCCGACUUUGUUAUUGGCAGUUUGAUCCUACACUUCUUCGUCUACAACCUGAUUAACUAG